GAUGCGUGACGUCACGAGCAUCCAGCAUUCGGCAGCAGCAGCAGCAGAAAAAGCAGGAUCGAGCAUCUUCCUCCUCUCUCCCUUGAGCCGCCACCACCAUCGCCGCCCGUGUCCUUCUCGCCUGCGACAUCUACAAGGCUCCGGCUACCAACAUGCGCUCCUCGUCGGCCUUGCUUGCGGUGUUCCUGGCUGGGUUCGCCGCCGCCGCGUCCUCUCUGGAGAUAUUUGACAACCAGCUGGGCGACAUCAGUUACUGCAAGAAACAAUGCCAGCUUGCCAUCAAAAACAAAGGGCCCACGAAAGACUCCAUGAUGAACGCCUGCCAUCGCGGCUGUCGUCUCUACUCCAUCUGCCAGUUUGUCAAUGGCAACGCUGGCUUUAACGCCAGCAAGGACGAGUGUCAAGGAGCAUGCCAGGAGGCUUAUGUCAAACUUGUGGAGCAGGAUGCAUGCAGCACCGGCUGCGCUAGUCAACCCUCCGAACCCGAAAUCAAGAGGAGGAAGCUCAAGGCCAUGACCCUGCGCCCCAAGCCGCCUUCCGUCAUGGAGGCCGUGUCCAGUUGGUGCAACGACAUUGUCAGUUCCGCCCAGAGCUUCAUCUCCUCCACUUGGACCUUCUACCUGCAGGCCGACGAUGGCAAGGUUGUCGUUUUUCAGAGCCAACCGGAGAUGGAGUAUUCUCUUCCAGAGCUGCAGGCUCCUCGCUCCAGCGUGGCCGACAGUCCCUGGCCUCAGGCGCACUCGCACACGCAGAAGCCUCACGGCGUGAGGGGGCGUGGCGAGAAACUGGGAUCCAAAGUCGGAAGCAGAGGUAAACAUCAGGUGCAGCACGCAGACGAGAGCGCCGCCGCCGCCGCCGCUGAGCACGACUUCCUGGGCUGCAUGUCCAGGCGCUCGGGUCUGCCCCGAUGGAUUUUGGCGGCGUGCCUCUUCCUGUCCAUCAUGGUCAUGCUGUGGCUCAGCUGCGCCAGCCUGGUUACCGCACCCGACCAGCACAUCAAAACGCAGUUGAGUAUCAACAGCAACAAAGAGUUCCUGGACGCCACCCAAGUGAAAGUGAAUCCGUACCACCUGAGCCCGCUGCCGGCCGUAUGCAUCAAGCGGGCGCCGGCCGAGGACUGCCUGGAGGCGGGGCCUCUGCCGGUCAAGGUGGACCUCGAUAAGACGCGCGUCUAGAAGGCUUUGGGGAUUCCCUUGACUCAGUCACUGGAUUUUUUUUUUUUUUUAAGAGCACAGCACCCUCCGAGUCAUUUUACGCCUUUCUUAUUAUUCCCCUAACUGGAUAUCGUUUAAUGGACGGCCUGUCUGAGGGCGUCCAUUUUGUUUUGAGAUUCAUUUUCCAUUCACAUUUGUGAGCGUAGAAGUGGCCAGAAAUGAUCGCAUUAGUCUGAAUGAUUGAAGUGCCACGCAAAGUUAUUGAGCUGCCUGUAAUGUACAUUGUAACCGAGACAUAGAGGAUUAUUUAACGAGGUGAAUUAAAGCCACACUGAAAAAAAUACAUAUACUAUGAGAGAAAAUCAGUUUUUUUUUUUCCUUUACAUUUUUCACAACCUUUUUCCAAAAGAUGCCUUUUCUUUUUGACGAGGAUAUAACUUUAAUUUUUAAAGCGUAGGUUAUUUUGAGACAGUUGUUUUUGUUUAGAAAGUCAAGUGCUUGUCCUAAUUUUUUUUUUAAAACCAUUAUUAUUAAUAUGAAUAUUAACAAUUCUACUACUCUCAUGUCAUUAUUUUCUGGAAAAAAUACGAUUAAAAUGUGACUAUUUUAAUAUUGCAUGUUUUACGUCACAUACAUUUUCACAAUCUAUAAGGGAUUUCACAAUCAUGUAUGUCUAAGAAAAUUAAUUGAAUAUGUCAGUAAGACCCUUUGUCUUGAAAAUUUUAAAAAUUCAAUCUCAUAACUUUCAUGAACUUUCUUUCUCGUAGUCUUUGUUUUUGUGUCAGUGUGGCCGUAGUGGUCCUUGGGCAAUUCUUGUAUAAUUCUGAUAUGUUAUCGCCCUGCUUUCACAUAAGGAGCUAUUUAAGUACAUGUAGACAUUUACUGAACUCAAAAGAGACUUCUCAUUUGUCACGGAGCCGAGUGGCCCAAUGCUCGAAACUUUUCGUUUGUGCUUUUUGCCUGUCCUGUAGCACUCUUGGAUUCCUCCAAACAAAACGUGCAUGCCGAGUCAAGCUUCCAUAGUCGAAUCCUAAUCGCUCCCCAAAGGCUUGUUGUAGAUUUGUGACCUUUUUUUUGUGCUCCUAUAUGCUGUAAAUAUUAUUACAACAAUAAUCAUGAUAAUAUAGACAAGGAAUGCCGAUAAGGACUUGAACAAGAACAAUAAGAGCCAUUCAAUCAAUAUGUGAACAUAUAUCACCACAUUUUGAUGUGGAUUUACAACUAUUGUAUUGUUUCCUUUUUACUGCUCUCUUCAUUUUCAAUUAAACAAUUGCAUCAAGGAAUAAAGUGUUUUCAUCAACAA